UGUUUGAACGUGUUGUCUCACAGCGUUUCACUCGACUGGCAUUAGGAAACAUGGCGACUACGCUGACAUGUACUGAGAAGUGAAGUAAUUUUUGGUGUUGUUUUUUAAGAUACGUAGUAGAAACUGUGCGCUUUCGAAAACCCAAAAUGGAUUAUAUACUGACGUUUACGAGGAGUGCUCGGUCUGUCAAAGAAGCGGUAUCCAGUACGAUAUGGCCUGCAUCGAGUCGAGAAGUACAGUUUAAAGAUUCCUUUGCAGAAGAACAAGUUAAAAGCUCACAUAUAAAGCAGGCUGUGCAACAAGUAAAAGACACCGGGCAGAAGAAGACUCCAGAGAAGAAAGAUGGGCGUCGGAUGUCUUUCCAGAAACCUAAAGGGACCAUAGAAUAUUCUGUGGAAUCAAGGGACACGUUGAACAGCAUUGCAUUGAAGUUCGACACCACUCCCAAUGAGCUUGUCCAGUUGAACAAGCUUUUCUCCAGAGCAGUUGUCCCCGGUCAGGUUCUGUACGUUCCAGACCCAGAGUACAUUUCCAGUGUUGAGAGCUCUCCCUCCAUUAGUCCCAUCAGCCCUUUGUCACCAACUUCAUCCGAGGCAGAGGUCGAAAAAGUCACGGAUUCGGAUGGAGUCCCUAGGAAGGAGGCCACCUCGUCCCCAGCUCACGCCUGCACCCGGCCAGCCAGAGUGGUAUCGUCCACCUCGGAGGAGGAAGAAGCGCUGACCGAGAAGUUUCUUAAAAUCAACUGCAAAUACAUCACGGAUGGCAAGGGGGCAGUGAGCGGUGUGCUUUUGGUGACGCCCAACAACAUCAUGUUCGACCCGCACAAGACAGACCCCCUGGUCCAGGAACACGGCUGUGAGGAGUACGGCAUCAUGUGUCCCCUGGAAGAGGUCAUGUCUGCCGCCAUGCACAAGGAAAUCGUGGACAGCAAAAUCAAGGAGUCGUUACCUCCAGAUCUAGAACAUCUGGCAUCUGGGAGAGAUCCCUGUCACUUAAAAAGAAUACCACGCAGCAAUACAGACGAGAUGGAGCUGAGACUUCGGGAUACAGGGAAUGAUAGCACCAGCACAGCUCCACGGAGCACAGAGGAGUCCUUGUCGGAAGACGUGUUCACGGAAUCUGAGCUCUCCCCAAUCCGGGAAGAGCUGGUGUCUUCUGACGAACUGCGGCAAGACAAGUCAUCGGGAGCUUCUUCAGAGUCUGUUCAAACCAUAAACCAGACUGGGGCAGACUGCUGCCUUGUCUCCGAGACUGGAGAGCCUCCCAAACCGAGUGCUGAAGACACCCCCACCCAGGACAGAGGUCUUGUCAGGCACAGGGCAGAGGGGGAGAAAUCGGAACCGGCAGGAAAUCCGGAGGAAAAUCCGCCCCGGAGCCAAACCCCCAAGCAGUCUCCGAUGGGGUCCAAACAGCACAGCACAGACAAAGAACCGAGCACACCAGCCUGCAAAGACCAGCAUUCCAGCUGUAAGGGCGACGCGGCCAAGUCGCGCGCCGGCUCGGACUCGCAGGGCCCCGGAGCUGCGGCCGGAGACCCCUCCGGCAGAGAGGGCCCAGAGAAGAGCAGCCUCAGCAGGGAGCAGAGCUGCGACUCGGAGACCGAGGUGCAGGAGUUACGAAAGCUGUGGAAGACUCACACUAUGCAACAAGCCAAGGAGCAGAGGCAGCAUGUCCAGCAGCCACACAAAGAAGUGAAACCGAAGCCAGGGAAAGUCAUAGAAGGACUAUUGCCACUGGAAGGUUCUGUCGUCUGCAAGGAGAAGAGGAGGCACAGAUCUCACAAGUUUCUGUGUCUGCGGGUUGGGAAGCCCAUGAGGAAAACCUUUGUGUCCCACGCGAGCGCGUCCAUGCAGCAGUAUGCACAGAGGGACAGGAAGCACGAAUACUGGUUUGCAGUGCCGCAGGAAAGGUCGGACCAUUUGUAUGUGUUCUUCAUCCAGUGGAGCCCGGACAUGUACGGGGAAGGAGCUGGGGGCCUGAGCCGGGAGCCCGGGUUCAUGGUGGUCAAAAAGAACGAGGAGCCCGAAUCGGCAGAGGAACCUCUGGCUACUGACGUGACAGCCAAAGAGUGGGAGGUAGUGUCAGUGGCUGAGUAUCACCGCAGGAUCGAUGCUCUAAACACUGAAGAUCUGCGCUCUCUCUGCAGACGUCUCAAGAUCACUACAAAGGAAGAAGUCAAUUCAACACAAGGUACAUCCAUCAAAACAGACUUGGAACCAGACACUUUCAGACCGAAUCUCAGUGAGCCCAGUGACCUCCUUCAGCCAGAGCAGAUUGAGAAGCUUGCAAAACAUCUUCCACCCAGAACAAUUGGUUACCCAUGGACGCUUGCUUUUAGCACUGCGAAGCAUGGCAUGAGCAUCAAGACUCUGUACCGUACAAUGGCAGGCCAGGACACCCCAGUGCUGAUGGUGAUAAAAGAUAGUGAUGGACAGAUAUUCGGUGCUUUAGCAUCUGAUCCCUUCAAAGUUAGUGACUGUUUUUAUGGGACUGGCGAAACAUUUUUGUUUACGUUUUGCCCUGAAUUUGAGGUAUUCAAAUGGACAGGAGACAACAUGUUCUUUAUAAAGGGAGAUAUGGACUCUUUAGCUUUUGGAGGAGGGGGGGGAGAAUUUGGUUUGUGGUUGGAUGGAGAUCUCUAUCAUGGCAGAAGUCACUCCUGCAAAACGUUCGGGAACCAUACACUCUCCAAGAAAGAAGACUUCUAUGUGCAAGACAUUGAAAUCUGGGCUUUUGAAUGAGAAAAUGUGGAAAAUACAAUUAAAAAAAACAUUAUCCCAAAAACAGUCGUGUCCCUAACCUGACUAGGUACCACACAGGUUCCCAGCAAGCUAGAUAUUAAAGUAUAUUUUAUGCUUUGGUAUGUAACUAAAGUGUGUGCACUGGUAUUCCUAAAAUUACUAUUUUGUUACAUUAAAGCUGCAUACAGCUUAUAACCUUCUACAGAAGUAAAGAAAUGGAGAGAAAACACAGAAGAUUGUCACCAAAUAUUUGUUUUCUAGCUGGUCGUCACAUCGAGUUAAGAAUGAAUAGGGGAUUUACACUGUUGUAAGUGUUGUUGCUGGUCGUACAGGUCUGGAAAUAAAAAUAAUAGCCGUGACAGGCCAGGGACCUGAACUGCUCUGGAUUGUAUCAGACAUGUUUCUAGAUUUAUAGAAGGCGUGUAAUAACACGAUUUAGCUGGGAUAAGAUCACAUUUUCCUGGUGUGGGCCUGGAAACGAAUCUAAAAGAAUAAACUAAUUUCACUUUUAUCGCUGAGACAGGGUUUAAAAAUAGUUUUAUGAGGAUUCAUAUGUCGGUAAGGACCAUUUUUUUUACAGUGAAGUUUCCAUACCAACAAUUGAAAGAAGUGUAGACUUAAUGUAUUAUAGUCUCCCUGCCAUCCACCAUCAUAGCACAUCCUCAAGCACAUAGGUAGUAUCUGAAUAUUCAUAGUUGUGAUGUUCUGUCAAGUGGGUGUGUGUGAGUUCAGCUAACACCAGCUCUAAAGAAGAGUAGUGUACACUGUACGUAGGCAGUAAUGUGUUGCAAUAGAUUUGUGGAAUAUGCAAAUUACUGUCAUGUGACCUCAGAAAUACUGACAGGACCACUGCAACCUGUCACUCUUUCAGAAGGAACUCUUAAAGAGAUUUGGAAAAUGGGGGCUUUUCUGCAUAUCGGUAGAAAAGCCUGAGAUAUUGUUUGUUUUACAUGAAAAAAAUAUAUAUAUAUUGCUGUUAUAUGUGUGACAGUGACUUUUUUUGUGCUGAUAUUUUCAGCUGUUACAAAUAUAUAAUGUAUAUUACCCUGUAAAUUAAUGUUAAAAUAGUAGAUUUGUUCCUAUAUAUACAUAUAUAUAAAGUGUGGAUUGGUGGGUUGCUUAUAGCACUUUAUUAUAGAAAUGUAAAAGCAGAAAGCCAGGUUCUUAAGCAUAAUUAGAAGUAGAUGUACAGUAAUUUGUUUAGAUCAUAAAGAUGUUAAUUGUUUUUAGAAAGCUUGCUGCUACAGUACAAAAAGGGCAAAUGUAAUGUUCUGUAUUAAAAGUUAUUCUGAAUGUUGAAGAAACAAAUACAGGGCAUCGUUAUUUCCCUUCAAUGUUUUGCAUUUAGUUCUGUGACUUUUAGUAUGUAGACUGAAUGUUUACAAACUGAUAGAGAAUUUACAGUUGUAAAUAAACUUAACAGCAGCUUUCUUCCCUUUUUUGGUCUUCCACAACAGUAUUAUUGUCCUUGUGGAGUCAAUACAAAAUCUUAAAAUGGUAUCAUCAGGCUAUGAUGUAAUAGUGAUGUAUAGUAAAAAAAAUAAAUUAUUGUAACCUGGU